UCCGAGGAAAGGGAAAGCAAAGCGAUCAGGCGGUAGAAAUGGAGAGCAAAAGGACUGGGAGGGUGAGCGAAAACGUUCAAGAGACAUGGCGUGGCAACAUGGCAAAAUAAGGGGACCUUAGUUCACCCUAAGGAGUUCUGUUAAGAACGAAGACAGGUCGGAGGAGUCGUGCUAACUGUCUGGAGGAUUAUCAUUUCGCUUUGGCUUUGCUCUUUCCUCGUAAUCAGCGCGCACACAACGUUAGUGUUGGGCAGAAUCUGCAGAGAGAAGUCCGAAGCUAACAACACAAUCUGACAGCAUAAAAGCUCCCUCAGUAUGAGUCGAGAUGGGUGGAUGAGGAAGAGAGCCAAUGCCAGUGGUGACAAUGGUUGGGCUGAAAGAGGUGGCUAUAUGGCUGCCAAAGUUGCUAAGCUGGAAGAGCAGUUUAGACUUGAUGCCCCCAGAGAAAAACGGAAGGAAGGCUCGUGCUCCAACAUUUUCAGUGGAGUGGCUAUCUAUGUCAAUGGAUACACAGACCCAAGUGCAGAUGAGCUUCGCAGACUGAUGAUGCUGCACGGUGGUCAGUUCCACAUCUACUACUCCCGCUCCAAGACCACCCACAUCAUCGCCAAUAACCUGCCAAACAGCAAAAUUCAGGAGCUCAAAGGGGAGAAGAUAAUCAGGCCAGAGUGGAUUACUGACAGUAUCAAAGCCGGACAUCUUCUGCCUUACCUGCAGUACCAGCUGUACGCCAAACACAAAGGCCCACUCUUCCCUGGCAUGGCUCUGCGGCAAAACGCCGAGAUCCCUGGACCGAGCCGUCAGCUGAGCCAUCAAAAGCUUCCUCUGCCACAGCGCAGCAUUCAGCACUCUGCUUUCAACAACGAGCAAUCAUCCAGCAGUCAGAGUAACUCCAUCCCCGACCCCAGCAACAGCCGAUUUCACCAAGGCAACGUCCAGCCUCAGUCCAUCCAGCAAAGCCCUUCAGCUCGCUCUUUUAACCCCCAACAGAGUCACUCGUCAGCCGGUAACCUUAGUGCAGACCCAAGGCACAAAAGCUCUUUAUACACCAUACACCCCCAAAGACCCCCACAGACUUCACUUCAAACACCUCAACCUAAUCUCCAGCACCAGAGAGCUGGCCAACCACAACCUCAGAUUAACUCUUCAUGCAACAGUGCCCAGAGCAGAUGCAAAGAAGAGGAAAUAAAAAUAAAUGGAUCCCUGAAAACCUCACUGGACCUGAUGAGCCAUUCAAACAUCAGUGAAAUGCAAGUGUGUGAUAAAGCAGAUCCCCCCCUGCAGGUGGUGAAAGAAGCACCCCUGACCAACGGACAUGCUCACCUUCAUAAUUGUGCCUUAGAGCCAGAGGACCUGUCCCCUUUUACCUCCGUUGGCGUAAAGCUACCUGAAGGCAGAGUCAAUACUCCUGACCCCUACGAGUUUCCCCACAGUCCUCCAAAGCAAUCCGACCAUUCUCUUGAUCUGCUGGAGCGAUCUAUUUCAUCAGUAGACAGCGAGCAGAGACCUAAACCUUCAUCUCCCACCUUUCAGGAGACUGUAAAACUCACAGAUACCCACCUACUCCCAAAACAGCUCCAAUCAUCCUGUCAAGUUGAUUCAAACUCCGAAAAGACCCCUCUCUCACCUUCAUCUUUUUCACACUCUUCCAUUCGACUGAAUGGAAGUCACCAUAAUGCCUUCUCAUCAGACCCUGCCUCACUAAAUAACAAAACAGCCAAACCAGAUCCUCCCUCUGAAAAGUCGUCAUCAUACAAGCCUUCAACCCAGCUGUUGGCACAGACGGGCGGUUUGAUCUCUGAGUUCUACUCUCACUCACGUUUACACCAGAUCUCCACAUGGAGGUCAGGCUUCUCCGAGUACGUCAAUGAGCUGCAUAGCAAACGAAAAACUGCAGGGGGCGCUUCAUUCCCAGGGAAGGAGCGACUGAGGAAGUCAUUGGCACAGCGCACUGCAGACAGUCAAGGUACUACAACAUCCACAAAUGUAAAAUCAUGCAUUUUUCAUGUGGACAUGGACUGUUUCUUUGUGUCUGUGGGGAUCCGACACCGACCAGAGCUCAAAGGAAAGCCUGUAGCUGUAACCAGUAACCGUGGACAGGGCCGAGUGCCCCAGAGACCUGGGGCCAACCCUCAGCUGGAGCUGCAGUACUACCAGUGGAAACAGACUCAUCCUCAGUCUGAUAGUGCAGACGGGGAUCUUUACAGGACACCCUCGCAGGAAAGUCCUGACUCCCACACAAACGGAGUGGACCAGGAUGCUGCUUCUCUCUCAAUGGCAGAGAUUGCAUCAUGCAGUUAUGAAGCAAGGCAGGCAGGCGUGAGGAAUGGGAUGUUUUUUGGCAAAGCAAAGCAGUUGUGUCCCUCACUGCAGUCUGUCCCAUAUGAUUUUGAGGCCUAUAAAGAGGUGGCGUUUACAAUGUAUGAGACUCUGGCAGGUUACACCCAUGACAUUGAAGCUCUGAGCUGUGAUGAGUUAUUGAUUGAUGCUUCUGCGCUGCUAGCCGAGUUGGGCAUCUCCCCAGAAGACUUGGCCAAAGUGAUCAGAGCAGACAUCAAAGAGAAAACAGGAUGCAGUGCCUCAGUGGGCAUGGGGUCAAAUAUCCUGUUAGCUCGGCUGGCAACCCGAAAGGCGAAGCCAGACGGCCAGUAUCUCUUAAAGAGUGAAGAGGUGGAUGAUUUUAUCAGAGAUCUGCCAGUGACAAGCUUACCAGGUGUUGGUUCUGUUAUGAGCAGGAAGUUGGCUGCUAUGGGCGUGAGGUCAUGUGGUGACCUACAGCAGGUGUCUAUGUCUCAGCUGCAAAAGAAGUUUGGUCCCCGAACUGGGCAGACUUUGUUUCGCUUUUGCAGGGGGCUGGAUGACCGGCCGGUGCGUUAUGAGAAGGAAAGGAAGUCUGUCUCAGCAGAGAUGAACUACAACAUUCGCUUUACAAAGGUUGAUGAAGCCGAGUCUUUCCUCACUAACUUGUCCAUGGAGGUGCAAAAACGUUUGCAGGAAGCCAGGCUGCGAGGGCGCAGAGUUACCCUCAAGGUCAUGGUUCGAAAGGCUGGAGCUCCACUGGAACCGGCUAAAUAUGGAGGUCAUGGCAUUUGUGACAACCUUGCCAAGACGGUAAUGCUCGCUCAGUGCACUGACAGUGGAGAGCUGAUUGCUGCUGCAGUCAUCAAGCUCUUUCAUAGCAUGAAGCUACAGGUUGAGGACCUGAGAGGAGUGGGCAUCCAGGUUCAGCUUCUUGAAGGAAACUCCAUCGCACAGGACCCCACAAGCUCCAAGACUCGCUCCAUCAAAGACAUGCUGCUCUGUCAGGGAUCAAAUGUGAGAUCCAACUGCAGAGACAACAACAGACAUCAGGAAAAGACUCCUUCAACCACAGCAGCUUCAUCCAGCUCUGCUCCACUCUCAACUCCCCCUGAGCCCGUACCAGGAACGAGUAGAGACCAGCAUGGGUUCAGACAAACUCCUAAACAUUUCAGAACACGUCUUAACUUCAGUAUUGAGGUCCCCUCUCCUUCACAGGUGGAUCGUUCAGUGUUGGAGGCUUUGCCCACAGAGCUGAGAGAACAAGUGGAGCAGUCAUGGACAAAUCGAGACGGUAGACCAAGUAACCGCUGCUCUCCCAGUACGCAGCUGGCUGCUCCUCCCCCACAGCCCUCCAUGCUGAAGUCUUGUCCCAGCUCUCCUCCUCAUCCUCCAGCCUCUGUCUCUGCUUUGUACACCCCUCCUGCCGGCACGUUGGUCCUACAGAUUCCAAACCAGCCCGACAGUCCAGGAAUUGUACUGGAACUACCUAACUUCUCACAGGUUGACCCAGAUGUUUUUGCUGCCCUCCCCAAAGAGCUCCAGGAGGAACUGAAGUCUGCAUACAACCGUGUUACAAAUGUACAGCCCCAGGCAAGAAACUCUGUGGAGCAGAAGAAUGCGCUGUUACAGCUCAAGCAGCCAGGAGUGGGGAUUGGCAUUGGUCGUGUGAAGCGACGGUACAAGAGAAAAAAUGCAGUGAGUCCGAUUAAGAAAGGUCUGUCCCCUCAGAAGAAACGUAAUAUGACUAACAGUCCAGCUAAGACCCUACCACUUCCUUUAAAAUCACGGGAACCAGUGACAACCCUAAAGGCUGAAAACUGUUCCUCCUCAUCGAUCUCCAAACCAGACAUCCCAGAGUCCCUGUUAAAAUUCAUCCCUCGUCCUCCUCCAGCAUUGGCAGGAGCUUGCGACCUGACUGACAUAAAAACACUCCUUCGGGAGUGGGUCACCACCAUCACAGAACCCAUGGAAGAGGACAUCCUGCAGGUGGUGAAAUACUGCACUGAUCUGAUCGAGGAUAAAGAUCUGGAGAGGCUGGAUUUGAUUAUAAAAUACAUGAAAAGGAUUAUGCAGCAAUCGGUGGAGUCUGUUUGGAGUAUGGCGUUUGACUUCAUAGUGGACAACGUGCAGGUGGUUGUGCAGCAGACUUAUGGAAGCACCCUGAAAAUAUCCUGAAGAGGGAGCGAUACUGUUGCCACUGCUGUGUUGCCAUCACGCUACCAUCGUGACAUCUUAAAGACUUAACUUUUUUAGACUCUGUUGACGCUGUAGCAUCUGUAAGGAUGCUCUCAGUGGCAAAAGAAAUUAAAGACUAGUAUUGAAAACACUAUUUGAAAAGGUGUUACAGAGCUGUGACAGUAUUACAUUGGAGUAAAUGCAGAGAUUUUUUAUGUACUUGCUUUUUUAGGUAAAAGUAACAAACUGAAAGGCAGGAACUAUACUUAGUCUUAUCCUGGACAGUAGCAAGUUUUUGCAAAUCCUUUUUUUUUUUUUUUUUUUUAAUCUGAUUUUUUUGUAAGGUUUUCUUUUCUUAUUAAUGCCAAGCCAUUUCAAACAAAGGUGGAUUUUAUAUAAAAGUCUUUGCUGGAAUUGCUGAACUUCUCUCUAGAACUGUGGUUCUCAACUGGUAUUUUCAUCCUAACCACCACCUCAUCAUUGAGAAACUGCAACGUAAGUUCUGUGCAAAAAUUCUACAAAUUAAAUGAUUGGUUGAAAAUAUAAGGAAUUUGGACCGCAGUGUCUCUUUAGGGAGCUGGUGGUGGGUCCGAGACUUGACCAAUUGGGAGCAACUGCUCCAGACCACGCAAAAAUUAAGAUUUCCUAUUCAUGGUAAGCAUUUUACCCUCAGUAAAGCACUUGUUUUACCCUGUUUGUUUUAUAGGAUUAAGUAGUUUGAAAAGGCACAACAUCAGGUUUAUUUUUAUGCUUUUUUGCAGCUGAAAGCUCUAGGUUUGAAAUGACAACUUUCAAAAUAUCACGAUAAAACACAAUCUAUUCAAGGUUCUAAAAUCAGUAUUGUAGCACUCCUCAGACGUACAACUAUCCCAGAAAUUGUAUAAUUCUGAAUUAAUCUAUCCUGUCAAUAUUUCCAUUGGUGCUUCAUGCCAGUUGUACUGACUUAUGAAGAAUCUACAAUUACUGUGUCACCAAAAAACAAACAUGAUCAUCUGCUGCAUACAGUAGUGUUUUUCUUAUAUCUUUGCAAAAAAAGUGCCAAACCCUGUUACUAAAGUGUGUAAAUAGUGUUUUUAAAGAUACUUGUUAAAAGUUUUAAAAGAGCAGAUGUAUGUGAAGGGUUUCCCUCUUGUAUUGUUUACAUGUAGUGAAUUCUUAGUAACUGUCUAUAAAUUGUAAAUCUUCUAACUCCUUAACUGUUUGUAAGUGUUCCAACAUGGAAAUCAGAAGCUUGCCAAAGCACUUCAUGUGAGGUUAACUGUUGAUUCUCAGUAGCACUCUGACUCACAAGGAUGUUGACAGGCAAUCAAUAAGUAGCUUAUGCAUUUCUUUUUCUCUCUAACAAGCGAGAUGUCCCUUCAAGAUUAUGUAACGUUUCAUACAGCUUUUGUAUCUGGAGUAAAUCUUGGUUUUCAAGUGUGUUUUACUAACCAGUUUCACAAAUUUAAAUAUUGAAAUAAUGCUGGAUAUGUACAGGAACAGUUGAUCUGAUUUUUAACUCUUACUCCCAUCGUUUGUACAUGUUUACUUCAUACAUCGGAGACUUUUGUAAGGCUUGUGGUUACGAUCUUGUAUUUCUGUGAAGUAAACUGAUUGGUGAUUUGAAGGACUCAGCAGAUGCAGCUGGCUGGCUGGCUUGGGAUCUCACCAUCGUGUGAAGUUUGUGGUUUUAAAAAUGUGUUUUAAAAGGUAUCUCUAUAUGCAAACCAAAUCAAUCAACAUGUUGAAAUGAAUGUAUCUCAGAAUGUGCAAGUCUUCACUCACUUUCAAGAUGUUUGCUUCUCUUCACCUAUCAUAUCUGUUCAGAAGGAAAUGGCCAGAUAUAAAAUGGCCAGUCUUCACUUCUCUAAACUGGCUUGUGCCUGAAGACCCGAAGCUGUGAACUUGUUUGUAAGUUUUCUAAAUCUUGGUAAUAAACUGUAAACUCUG